CUUUAGUACAGUUUAUUAAACCCUCUCUCAGUUGCGUGCAGCAAGAAUGGCAGAGCCCAGCGGGAUAUUGAUAAAAGGAGGUAAAGUUGUGAAUGAGGACUGCUCCGUGUUCAGCGACGUCUACAUCGAAAAUGGGAAAAUAAUUGAAGUUGGACGGAAUCUGCAGAUCCCAGCAGGAGUGCUUGUUAUUGAUGCCACCGAUAAACUGGUGAUCCCGGGCGGCAUCGACGCGCACACACACAUGGAGCUGGCGUUCAUGGGCACCACGUCUGUGGACGACUUCUAUAUCGGAACCAAGGCUGCUCUAGCAGGAGGGACGACAAUGAUCCUGGACUUUGUCAUUCCCCAAAAAGGCAAGUCUCUCCUGGAAGCUUAUGACUGUUGGCGUAAGACAGCUGACCCCAAAGUUUGCUGCGACUACUCGCUGCAUGUCGCCGUCACAUGGUGGAGUGAUAAGGUGAAUGAGUUCAUAAAUCAUUGUUAUUAAAUAAACUUUUUUUGC